AUGGAGAAUUUAUUGCCUAAAUUUUUAUCGCACACAAGUAACAUUGUUAAUCAGUAUAUAACAAUAAAAAAAUUGAAAGAAUCUCUGAAAAGCGACGAAUCGUUGAUUCAUAUGGAUUUUUCUGAAAAUUAUGCUUACAAGUAUGCCGAGGAAGUUCAGAGCAUGCAUUUUGGUGGCAGUCGUGGUCAAGUGUGCAUUCACACAGCGGUUGUUUAUUUAAAGAAAGAGAAGCACACAACAGUAGCCCAUUCUCUUUGCACAAUUAUCAGUCUUGAUGCUGAUACUGAUAUUAUUGGCAUGAGUACUGACGGCGCAAGUGUCAUGGUCAAAGUAGGUAAGCUUAUGAAUUGCUAUCAACAACUUUGCUUUGCACAUGGGUUACAAUUAGCUGUGAUCAAUGUUUUAUACAAAAAGUAUGAAGAGGAGGCAGAACUCCAUCUAGCACCAACGCCAACAACAUCUAAUGAAUCAGAUACAGAUGACGAAGACACAACGAAAGAUGAUGAACAAGGAGUUACAGUUACUAUAACGGAUCCUCAUCAUGCAUAUCUUUGUAAAGCAGGCCGCACACCAGCCAUACAUUUGUAA